AGAAGAAGAGCACAGGACUUCCUGUGAAUAGCGGAAGUUUUCAUCCGUUGAAUUUUAUCCAAAUAUUCAUGUGCUCAUGUUAUGUUCAUCAUCUGAAUUAUCUUCAUAAACCAUGAUUUACAGUUUACACUGAGUCUGUUAUUUGAAAAAAUGCCUCAUGAAAAAUGCAGCCCCCAGUCUAACUCCUUGGAUCGGAGGAGAGCUCUGGCUAUCUCACCUGAGCUCAAACGUGACAAAUAUCAGACUGAAAGUCCACUUAAGAUCCCUAGGAGAGUUUCCUCAGCUGAUGAUGAGUGUGUGGAUGCAGAGGUGUCUAAAGUUCGGAAGAAGAACCACUCCAAGAUCCAUUGGACACAGCUGGCCUCAAAUGGUAUGUCCUCUCAGUCAGAUAACAGAUUACAAACAACCAGUGAUCUAAAGCACAAAAGAUGGCAAAAAAUCGACAGGCGUCAGAUCAAGAUUGUCUUAGAGGAUGUCCUUCAGACAGAGAUUGGGCAGAGCUUGCUGAGAAGUAACAGGCAGAGUUUUCAAUUGACAAACCAAUUGGAAAGUCAAAGGGGAGCUAAAGAGAAAUGGAGUGAUCAGUCCUCAAAAACUGACCUAAAAAAAAAGAGAACCAGUGUAACUCAGAAAGAAGGAACAGACUCGACUGAACUCAAAGCUAAUUCACUAUCCCAUAAUCCUAUGGAAUCAUGUACUCAAAAUGAAUCAAGUCCAUGCAAAGAAAUAAAACAUUCCCAAUCCAAUCAAUUAAACUCAUCGCAAUCAGAGUCAUCUGAAGUAACAAGUGACUCUUGUACAUCCAGAGAAAGUGACUCCCCACAGUCUGUUCAGAUUAUUGAGCAGUUGCCUAAAUUGUCCAAGUUAUCUUCUGUUGAAGAGAAUGAAGCACUACUUCUUGAAGGAUCUACACAGCAUGAGGAAGCAGUUUCAUCCAUAUGUGAGUCUGGACACAGCCCCUCAUCAUUGUUAGCAGCACAAGAGACAAAACCAAGUAGUGAGCAUCUAGCCAAUAAGAGAGAUACUAUAGAAUGCCAGGAGGAAGCAAGAGAAGAUGAGAAGGUAAAGCACAUCUGCAGGAAUGGAGAGGUAAUACAGGAGGUGGAAGGGUUUAGAGGAAGUGUGCUACGCCUCUCAGUUGGUGCCGAUGGGGAAGUCCCACUCAAAAGAUCUCGUUUGGACAGCCUCUCAGAUGAACAGGUUGCUGACUCAGAGCCUGCCCCAGGAUGUGUAGAGGGGGGGAGCUUCAUCAGGCAAUCCUCUAUGUCCAACCCACCUGAACCCAUUGUUCUCUCAAGUGAAGAGGAAGAGGGAGAGGAGAGAGAAAAUGGUGAAGACUCUGUCCUAAACAUCCAGGCACCAGAGGGCGGUAAAGACACACACCGAGUGGAGAGGCCAACAAGAGUUUGUGAGCAGAAAAAAAUACCAGUGCUUUACCCACACAUAACAGAGAUCUAUUCACAGAGUUCUUCAAUGAUGGAGCUACAACUGUCUUCCCUUCACAUGGGUGGAGUUAGUGCUGCAUUCAGUGGAAAUAUAAAGAUAACAACUGACAAGAUCAACAUUUCAUUGACAGAUUCUUCAGUGAAAAUUUCUUUAGCGAUUGCUAACGUGCGUAAAUACAGUGUGUGGGAGGGGACUGCAUUGAAGAGGUGUGGAUUGGUUAAGGAUGACGAGAUCCCGCCCCCUUCUCUGCUCCUCUUUUGGCUGUCUGAUUCUCAGGCCCACAGACUACACAACGACCUGUCUGUCUUUCAGUCUGGCACACGUCCAGCUGAAGGCAGUACUUGUGUAUUACUGUGCUUGGCUGAACCUGUUUCUGGUGUUGAAAGGGCUGUCUUGGUCUCAUUAAUGGACAUGAUGGGUCUAAAGCAGGACAACCCAGACCUCUUGACCCCUCUCACACAGUCAGACAGUCUGAAACUGCUGCAGACCUCCCAGGAUACACACCUGUUGCAACUGCUCAUGCCCAAAUCUGAUGCGCAGAACAACACUGCUGUAUCUGCAUCUACUGUGAAGUCUCAGGAUUCUGAUGUUCAAAUGAAGUCAGUCUACACGCUGUGCCACAGAAGAGCUCAGGGUUCAUACAGUGUUUUAAUGGCACCCACACCUGGGCCAGAAUGGACACAGUAUCAUCACUGUGGUCCCACACGCAGGCUGAUUCAGUUCCCACCUCCGCCCUCAAAAGGAGCCAUCACCGUGACAACUGAGGACCUGGAGUGUUUAGACAGCGGCGAGUUCCUUAAUGAUGUCAUCAUUGACUUUUACUUUAAGUAUCUUUUGGUGCAGAAGGCCCCUCAGGCAUCAGUAGAUAGAUCACAUGUUUUUAGCAGUUUUUUCUAUAAACAACUCACACGCCGGGACAAUGCUAAUGAGGACAGCACAAGUACACCAGCUCAGGUCAGAAGGCAUCAGCGAGUAAAGACAUGGACCCGUCAUGUAGACAUAUUUGACAAAGACUUCCUGUUUGUGCCUGUCAAUCAAGAAGCUCACUGGUAUCUUGUGGUGAUCUGUUUCCCCGGGUUGGAAGAGCCCCAGUAUGUGAAGAGGGAAGACAUGGGAUCAGUGCAGGGUGAUGGGUUGGAAGGUUUGGGUGAGUCCCAGUCUGAAGGUCAAAUCCUGGGAGACAACAAAUCCAACAGUGAUGAGGACAAAGAUCCAGAUGACAGCUGUAUAAAACCAAGUACAUCUUCUGAUCCUCCAAACUGUACAGAAAAUACCUGCAAGAGACACACUGUCUGUAAAAGACCUUGUAUUCUCAUCAUGGACUCACUGAAGUUGUCGGUUCAUGAGCGUAUCUUCAAACUUUUGCGCGAAUACCUGCAGAUGGAGUGGGAGGUGAAGAGAGGUGGUUAUCGUGACUUUAGUGUCGACCACAUGGUUGGUUCACACUGUAAAGUCCCCCUACAGGACAACAGCAGUGACUGUGGCCUUUACCUACUGCAAUAUGCAGAAACCUUUUUACAGGAUCCUGUUAUACACUUUGACUUGCCUUUGAGAUUGGAGAGCUGGUUUCCACGGCAACAGGUGCGAGGGAAACGGGAAGAGAUUCGAGAUCUCAUACUACACUUGUACCGAUUUCAACAAGGCUCUUUUGGAAAUGAAGCUCUAGAAGAUAGAAUGGAUGAUGGAAAUGUGAUUCAGUAGUUUCGCUUUUAGGUGCACAAGAUUGUUUAGAUGUAUUUAUAUUAUAAGUGUUUUUGAACCUUUUAUAUAAUUUUAUGCUUUUGUAUACAUUGUUGGAAAUAAACUUUAGAAAUAAAUAAAU